GUGUCUGACGUCCGCCUCCUCGCCUCUCUGAUCCUAUCCCUUCCCCGGGUUUCUUCUGAAAAAACAAAACCAGAUGAUAGAUGACGAGGCACGCGGCGGGUGCGUUUCUUGGCAGCUCUCUGCGUCCCUGCCCGCUGCCUGCUGCCCGCUUCCUCGACGCCCACGGCGACAACUCCCCCCUAUAGAACGAAUUUCUUGAAGCUCUACCUUCCAAGACCGGAAAAACUCGAAUGCCUCUGAACCCUUCGUCUUCUUCUGCCGCUGCUGCUUCUUUGGGGCUUUGUUGUCGGUGGUCGAUGGGAACUGCUCUCCCGAGCUCUUCUUUCCUCAAUCUCAACUUCCGGUUCCGUCUGCUGCCGGCGGUUGCCGGUGCGUGCUGCACGCAAGGGGGAAAUCCCAAGAAGCAGCAGCAGCAGCAGCAGCAGCAGGCGUGUUCCCGAUGCAAGGGGGGGAUAGCUCUGCAGCAGGCUUUCUCAUGGGGGACCCGAAGGAGGCGACGUUUCGAUGGGAUGAGAUGCUUCUCGAUCGACAGCGGGAACGACGGCGGAGAGGAGAAGAGGUCGGGCUCCACCGAAGAAGUCGAGCAGCAGAGGGUCGGCAGCGACGAGUUGAACUCGGAGCGGUCUCCACCUGCUUCUGUUUCUUCUAGGAAACCUGGUAUUUCUUCGGAGCGACCAGUUUAUAGUAGCUUUCAGGUUGAUUCUUUUAAGUUGAUGGAACUUCUUGGACCUGAGAAGGUAGAUCCAUCUGAUGUGAAGCGUAUCAAGGAAAAGCUAUUUGGCUACUCAACUUUUUGGGUGACCAGAGAGGAGCCAUUUGGGGACCUAGGGGAAGGUAUCCUCUUUCUUGGCAACCUGAGGGGGAAAAGGGAAGAGGUUUUUGCGAAGCUCCAGUGGCAACUCCAUGAAGUUAUGGGUGACAAAUAUAAUCUAUUUAUGGUAGAGGAGCCCAAUUCUGAAGGACCAGAUCCACGUGGUGGACCACGUGUAAGUUUUGGAUUGUUGAGGAAAGAAGUUUCUGAGCCAGGACCCACUACUCUGUGGCAAUAUGUUAUUGCUCUCCUUCUUUUUGUCCUCACCAUAGGCUCCUGUGUAGAACUAGGGAUUGCAUCUCAGAUAAGUAGUCUCCCACCUGAGGUAGUGAAGUACUUUACAGAUCCAAAUGCUACUGAACCACCCAACAUGCAGCUUUUAUUCCCAUUUGUGGAAUCUGCUCUACCACUGGCAUAUGGUGUCUUGGGUGUUCAGCUGUUUCAUGAGGUUGGACAUUUUUUAGCCGCAUUUCCCAAAAAAGUGAAAUUGGGCAUCCCUUAUUUGAUUCCCAACAUUACCCUUGGAAGUUUUGGUGCAAUUACUCAGUUCAAAUCCAUUCUUCCUGAUCGAAAGACCAAGGUUGACAUCUCAAUGGCGGGUCCUUUGGCUGGUGCUGCACUAUCCUUUUCAAUGUUUUGUGUUGGCUUGUUGCUCUCAGCAACUCCAGCUGCUGCAGGAGACUUGGUGCAGGUCCCGAGUAUGCUAUUUCAGGGCUCGCUACUUCUUGGAUUCAUUAGCAGAGCUACUCUUGGUUAUACAGCCAUGCAUGCUGCAACUGUUUCAAUCCACCCUCUUGUAAUUGCUGGCUGGUGUGGUUUGACUACUUCAGCUUUUAAUAUGCUUCCUGUUGGGUGCCUUGAUGGUGGAAGAGCCAUACAGGGCGCGUUCGGGAAAAAUGCCUUGAUUGGAUUUGGCUUGACAACAUACUCCUUGCUUGGACUUGGAGUGCUUGGUGGACAGCUUUCACUCCCUUGGGGUUUAUAUGUGCUAAUAUGCCAGAGGACACCUGAGAAGCCUUGCUUAAAUGAUGUCACUGAGGUUGGAACUUGGAGGAGAACAGCUUUAGUUGUUACCAUUUUUCUUGUAGUGUUGAUUCUCCUUCCCUUGUGGGAUGAACUUGCAGAGGAGCUAGGUAUAGGGCUUGUAACUUCAUUUUGAGGCAGAUAUUUAAGAGAGGGUUCAUUUUUGUAUUAAAAUUAAUUUGGAAAGAAUAAUAAGUUGGUAGCUGGCAUUUUAAACGGUAAAAUAUAUAGGGAUUCUUAAGGAGGUUCCACAUAAUUCUAACGUCUAAUGAGCAACUAUUUGUUGAAACUUUUUGUUGGGUGGCCA